AAAGGUGAGACAGUACAAGUUUGUAAAAUUAUAAAUAAUAAUAGUGAUCGAUGUGAUCAAAAAUAUUACAAUAUUGGAAGUUCUACUAGAAAUCUUAUUGCACAUUUACAAGAUAUUCAUCAGAUUAUUAAUAAAAAUGAAAGUGAACCUAAGCCUAAAAGACUUAUUUAUCUUAAAGAUGCAAUAAUUCAACUAGAAGCUGAUUUAUAUAUAAGUGUGAAUAGAGAAGAUAAAAAGGAUGGUAUUAAGUUAAAAAAAAUAAUAUUAUCUGAAGAUGAUAAAAUGAUUCCUACAAUUAAAGAGCUUACUUUUGAUUUAGCUGGAAAUUUAUCGAAUAAUAUUGAUUAUCUUGAUAAUAAUACUGUAUUUGAUUCAGAGGAUUUUGAAGAAAUUGAAGUUGAUAAUGAAGAGGCUACAAGCAAUAUUACCAAAAAUAAAAUAUCUAUUAAAUACCCAUUAGAUACAAGAUUAAUGGCCUCUUUGUUAGAUCCUUGCUUUAAGGAAUUGGAAUUGGAGCUAGAAUCUGAUAAAAAUCAAAUUAUUCAAAAACUUU